ACGAGAGAGUAUCGGAAGAGAAUGUCAAAACGUAGGCGCGUGCGACUUCAGGAGUCUGAUUCAGAAGAUGAAAUGGAAAUGGUAAGAAGCUUUAAUGAGACCCCCAGAUCUAGAACUCGGGAGGAGGACCGUCACCGGCGGCUGAUUAGUCCUACUCCUGGAGGGAGCCGUGGUGCUAGCCAGAGCUAUGCCAACACUUCCACUGGCAUAACUUUGGAUGAUAUUUGGACAUUUAUGUGUACCUCACACAAUGCUGUGAUGAGCCUGGCUGCAAAAGUUGAUGAAAUGAACAAAAACCUUGAUUCUUUAAAAGAGAUGGUGACCAAAGCACAGACUGAUAUGCACAGUGAAAACAUCAAAGCCAAAAUUCCAAAGGCGUUAUCGCGAGAAGUGAAAAGGCUGCACUCUGGUCUGGGGGAGGAGAUGCAUUUCAAAGGAAAUGAAAAAUUUUCCUCCGAUCACAACAUGGCAGUCACUGCUACAAUCACACAGGCAAUACGGGAUCAGCAGGAAUUUGAGCCAGAGGAAAUACACAGAGCAUGCAGCCGUUACUAUGAACACUGCAAGAGAGACCAUAAACUGGUUGAAGAAAAUAAAAUAAAAGAGGACAGGAGAGGCAAAGCCCUGAACAACAGGAGACAUAGGCUGCUUAAUCAACGCAAGGAGGUGGCCAGGAAUUUGCUGUCAAAAGAUGAUCUGACCUACCUGGAGGGUGCGGUGGCAGCCCUCAUGAGUGAUGAGGAGACUGACACGGAGGACACUAUGGCCUGGAAAGUCAGCUCACCAAGUUGGCGGGCUGACAAACUAACUCGCAUAUUGCAUCAAUGCCAAAAUGCCAUAGAAGAAAAGUAUGGGCACUCAAGGAUGGCACAUCGGAGAACAACCAGUGGUGUUGCCAGCCAGAGGCAGGCCCCAAAGGGGAUUAACCCCAUUUAUAUGAAAUAAUGAAUACAUUAAAUGUCACAAGGUGAAAUGAGCAGGUGCUGCCAGAAACUGUACUGUUUCCCUCUUGUUUGGGUUUAGUGUGUCUUAUUGGUUUUUGCAUGGUUUUUAACUGUUUUAACUUCGCUAAUGGGAGUUUUCAUAAACUGAUUGGCAGC